GUCUUGCCAGUAUAGACAGUGUGGUGGCCGAGUGUGGCCACAUCUGGCCAUUUUAUCCAACUUUUCGCCUUAGUACUCCCAAAAACGCGCUUAUUUAAACUUCAAACCACGUGUUUUUAUCUAAACAUAGUAAUUUCAUAUCUCUGUAAUAAAGAUGUCAAGUAUUAGUGACAGGUGACACUAUUUAUUUAGUGGAUCUUCCCGAACUCCAUCUCGAGUCUCACGCGUGUGCCACCAGUUGCUCAUUGCAUAACAGUGAAUCUUUUGAGAGCUCGUCAUAAAUAAUAAGCUAGAGCGAGUACUUGUUGAAUUUUUUAUUUAUUUUUUUCUACUAGUUACGGUAAUUAGUUUUUCUAUUUAUCGACCGUGUCGUGCGAAAAAGGGGUUUUUUUACACAGAUUUAUUGGGCGGCGUGAUACUCUGCUGUCCUCUGUCGAAUAAAACAGAGGGUAGAAGUGAGGACCGAAAAAAAAAAGAAGACUGAAUAUGGCGGCCGGAACGUGUCCUCCUUGAAGAUUAAACGAAACUUAGCAGGAUGGUGUUGGUGGUAAACGGAGUCCUGCAAGAGGAGCCUCCGAUCGACAGCCGGUCGCUCUAUGCAGCUCAUCCAAUUUAUCGUGAGACGGCAGCUCAAUUGCAUUCAAUGCCCGCGAAAUUAGUUGGUCCAGUUGGCCUUCUCUAUGUCCAGCAACGAGAAAUGGCGGCAACGCUUCCUCAUGACAAGAACGUGAGUAUUCUUGGAUCAGACGACAUGACCACGUGUAUAAUUGUUGUUGUUAGACAUUCUGGAUCAGGCGCUGUUGCGCUGGCACAUCUUGAUGGUGCUGGUACCGAAGAUGCUGCGGCUGCAAUGGUCCAGAGGGUGACGGAACUCGCGCUCGGGUUUCCUGAAGGCCGGGUUGAGCUCCAGCUUGUCGGCGGAUACUCGGAUCCUAGAAAUUACUCCGAGGAAUUGUUUUAUAAUAUUUUAUCUGCCUUUCACAAGCAACCCAUUGAAAUCGACCUGACACUCUGUUGCGUGGGCGAGCUUAACACCACUGUCAGAGGAGGAAUCCAUUGGCCCGUCAUUUAUGGAAUUGGGCUCAAUGUUAAGACUGGAGAAAUAUUCCCGGCAACCUUCCCGGAUAAGGGCCCUGAUCAAGCUUUGAGGUCUGCGAGGCACUUGACAGGAGGACAGCAAGUUCUAGAUGUUUACGAUUGUGGACUAGGACUCUUGAGAAUCGGACCUUUCAACUACGACCCACUUCGUGGAGUUGAUUUGUGGCUGGCGCAGUCUGAUCAGUUUAUUUUACAACAUUUAUCCACAUCACCAGAUGUUGAACCACCACAUUUUGUUUCUCAGGUAAGAGCAACAUUAAAAUACAUCCAAGACAAUCAAUUUCCGGCUGUGACAGUUUUCCGAGACAACAGGCCCCACUACUACCGCCGUGAUGAAACAACUGGAGUUUGGCAGCCGAUGCGCUACGACACUAAUUUCUAACAAAAUUUACUAAACAUUACCCUAUAAAUAAUUGCUAAUCCCGUGCAAUAUUUAAAUUAAAAAUAAUUUGAGGCCCAUUGUUGUUUCUUCUUAAUUUUUAACAAGCGAUUUUCUGUGUGCCCUUUUUUGUGGUCGAGUAAUCGAUCUGCCUUCGCCAUAAAAUAAUUUCACUAGAUUAUUAUUAUUAUUAAAAUUAUAAUUAUAAUAAAAAUUUAUACUAUUAACUAUUAUAAUAAUUAAUAGGUAGAAAAAUACGAUGUAUAUACUUUUUUUGACUAAGCUCGCAUUUUUAUUAAUUACGUCUCCUUGGUUAAAAAUAUUCCACUAAAAAUUGUGUUAUAAAUUGUUAUUACAUUAUUAAAAAAUUGUUAACAAUUAUUGAAAAAAAAUUUAUCAAUACCGUCCGUUUAAAAUCAGACGUAAUUAAUUUAAUUAUUUUAAAUGCGCGACUUAGUUUAGAAUAAUUAAUUGAAAGGCGAAAAAAAAAAUAUAUUUUUACUAAUUAAAAAAAGAUUUGUAAAGAUAAAAAAAAAUAAAUUGACGGUGAAAAGUUUACAAGAAAGUUAAGUCGAGAGAAAUUAAUUAAAGUUAAUGUAAUUGUUAUUUUAAUGAUGUUUAGUUCGAGUAAUCUGUUAUUGUUUACUCGGAUUAUUUUAUUUUAAUUCUUCGGCAGAGUUUUGCUCUUUCUUUUUUUUUUUUUAUUUUAAUUUAGCGGAGAGAGCAUUAAGUUUUUUGUUUGAGAAGAGUAAAGUUUCUUGUCUCGAGUCAAUUACACCGGUGGAUUAAAAAGAAAGAACCUUGUCGAGUAAAUAUAAGAUUUUUAAAGCGCACUUUUUUAAA